AUGGCGGCCGUCCGGGGUCUCCGCAUCUCGGUCAAGGCGGCCGAGCCGGAGCCCAUGGAGGUGGAGGAAGGCGAGCUGCAGGUUGCGGCCGCCCCGCCGGCCCCGCCGCCGCCGCCGCCGCCCGACGCGUCCUCCUCGGCCCUGGAUGCCGCCGCGGGCCAAGUGCCGGUGCGGCGCUCGCUGAGGGAGCUGCUGCCGGAUACGAGCAGAAGAUAUGAAAACAAAGCUGGGAGUUUUAUCACUGGCAUAGAUGUCACUUCGAAGGAAGCAAUUGAGAAGAAGGAGCAAAGAGCAAAACGCUUCCAUUUUCGAGCCGAGGUGAAUCUUGCCCAAAGAAAUGUGGCGUUAGACCGUGACAUGAUGAAGAAAGCCAUUCCAAAAGUGCGACUAGACACCUUACACGUUUGCGGUGUAGAUGAAAUGAGCACUCAGGAUAUCUUUGCUUAUUUCAAAGAGUACCCCCCUGCUCAUAUUGAGUGGUUGGACGACUCGUCAUGCAAUGUCGUCUGGCUCGAUGAAGUGACAGCAACACGAGCUCUCAUCAACAUGAGCGCGAUGCCCGAGGAAGAGAAGAUAAAGCCCCAAGAAAAGAGCAAGAAAGCAGGAGAAAAGAACAAGAAAGAGAACCAAGAGGAGAGCUCAGAUGAUGAGACGGAAGAAGGGGAGGUGGAGGACGACCAUCCAAGUGACACAGAGCUGGACACGCUCUCCCAGGCGGAAGAAGACUCCCUCCUGCGCAAUGACCUUCGCCCGGCUGGCAAGCUGGCCAAAGGAAACAAACUCUUCAUGAGGUUUGCGACGCAAGAUGACAAGAAGGAGCUUGGAGCUGCCAGGAGGAGCCAGUAUUACAUGAAAUACGGGAACCCCAAUUAUGGCGGCAUGAAAGGAAUCUUGAGCAACUCAUGGAAGCGGAGGUACCAUUCACGCCGGCUCCACCGCGACGUGAUUAAGAAAAGGACUCUCAUUGGGGACGACGUUGGCUUGACUCCGCCUUACAAACAUCGCCACUCAGGUUUAGUAAAUGUUCCCGAGGAACCCAUCGAGGAAGAGGAGGAGGAAGAGGAGGAAGACGACAAUGAUGACCAGGAUAUGGACGAAGACGACAGAGUAGUUGUCGAAUACAAAGACGAGUUGCAGGCUUUCAAGCAGGCCCGAGAGCGGAGCGCAGCCCGGCGGUCCAGCGCCAGUGAAUCGGACUCGGAUGAAAUGGACUACGACCUCGAGCUGAAGAUGAUCUCUACUCCCUCCCCCAAGAAAACCAUGAAAAUGACCAUGUAUGCAGAUGCAGUGGAGUCUCAGUUGAAAAGCAUUAGGAAUUCGAUGAGAGCAGACAGUGUAACAUCCAGCAAUGUGAAAAACCGGAUUGGAAACAAAGGACCUUCAGAGAAAGUUGCCGACGUUCGAUUAUUAUUAGAGGAGAAACGGCACGGAAGUACCGGGAAGCAGCUGCCGCCGCCCAGCUCGGUGAAAUCAGAUGUUCGGCAGAGGCUUGGCAAGAGACCCCACUCUCCCGAAGCCAAGCAGCCCAGCAGCACCUCCGUUUCUCAUCGCGAGCCCAUCUCCGACGUGCACAGCCGGUUAGGCAUACCCAAGCAAGAUGUGAAGGGCCUGUACUCGGACACCAGGGAGAAAAAAUCAGCAAACCUAUGGACACGCUUAGGAUCAGCAUCCAAGACGCCGGAGAAGGCCCCUGAUAAAGCAGAAAAGUCAGCCGUGUCUCCUGAGGACGACGACUCAGAACUCCAGCGGGCCUGGGGGGCCCUGAUCAAAGAGAAGGAACAGUCCCGCCAGAAGAAAAGCCGCCUAGAUAACCUCCCGUCGCUUCAAAUCGAAAUCAGCCGGGAGAGCAGCUCUGGCUCUGACACAGAAUCAUGACAGCCCUUGGCAUUCUCUGGAGCCUGGUGACUGCCGGUGGCCACAAAGUGAAAAGUCUGGGCUCAGGAGCUGUGCUCUGCAGCAUGUCUGAUCCUGUUUCAU